CAGUCCAUUACAGUUGUUUUUUUGAGGUGCCAGGAAAGUCAGACUGCAGAAAGGAAAUGGUAUUUUUGCAGCCCUUGAUGUUUGUGACACCACAAACAUCAUCAAGAUAAACUGGGGAGUGUGUUCAGCUGCCUGCACUGCUGUGCUGUCCUGGCCUUGGGCAAAGCCAGCCAGACCCAUCAAAGCAGAUUUUUCAUGAUGUGCUUGUGUCCCUCGAGGGUUCUUCUGUCCCCACAGCUCACUGGAAGAUUGUGCUGGUUCCUUCUCCUGAUCAACAUGGAGUUUGGGAGUUGCUUUUGAUAUUCCUGUUGUUAAGUGCUCACUGCAGAGCCCCUCUCUGCUGGGGCUGCUCUGUGAUGCCAUUCUGGGAGGGAAUUUUUCAAGUCCAUUUUACCCCUCCCCAGCACUGGUAGAACUUCAGAGAUUUAGAAGCGACAGAAUUCAAUCCUUUUGGCAGAAAUCCGUGCUGAGUGCUUUUCCCUUGGAAUUCCUUGGUCAUUCUGUGGUGUCCAGGAGUAUCUCACCCUCUGGCCAUCCCCUUCCCAGGAGAUGUUGUCACAGGGGUGGUUUGGGUUGCUGGGCUAGCAGGGAGGCCCAGGAGCUGUCACUGGUGCAGGCUCUGUGCUGUGUGUGCCACAACCUCUCAGGUAAAUAAAUCAUUGCUGCUGGGAUUCCCAGAGGGGGUCAGGGCCAUGGCAGCCUGUACCAGCUGCCAGCUCACUGUGAGUGAGGCUCAGAGCUCAGGUCACGCUGCCUGUGCUGCCUGUCACACUCACCAGUCCUGGGAGCAGAGACUGAGGCAGGGACAAGCACAUCCUUUCCACAACUGCAUUUCCUUCUCACUUUGCUGUUUACUCCUCUCUCUGUGGAUUCAUCCCUGUGGAGUUUCUGGGUAUGGAGCUGGGAGCAAAUUGUUGCCGUGCUCAGGCCAGGGUGUUCUGGGACAUGCACAUCUCCAGGAGCCUUUCCUUCACCUCUGCAGGUGCUGAACCUGCAGCAGGAGUACCAACCUCUCCUUUUUUAGUCACUUCAGUGAGUUACUUGGGAAGGAGCACAGUCAAAUGUCUGAAACUUUCCAUGUUUGUUAAAGCAAUAAAUUUUUUAAUACAAAAUUCUGAUACUUUUGGUAGUCAUAGCUUGAUUUCUGAAAAGAGGCUUUUUGCAUUUCUUCUGUUUUCAAAGCUGCUAACCAGUGCUGGCUUACUCUUCAAGGGUUUUCCUGGGACUGGAUAUCAAAUAUUCACCAGACAGAUGAGUCUUGGCCAUGUGGUGUAGGGCAGACAUGUUAUAUUUGAUUAAUGAGGCUGUUGAGAUAACAAGGCUUUGGUGUGUGUUGCUUGGUUUAUCUUAAAGGCUUUUCUGAAUUUGGCACCAAGUUCCUGCAGGUAGGAAUUGGUUAUCUCCUGCCUGCCAUGCUGCCCAAAUUGGAAAUGCAGGAUUUAUUAUUGCAGCACAACAAGGAGCAUUGUGCUGACGCUGUGCUCGGUGACUUUCUUCUCUUCCUGAAAGCUCCCGUGCUGCUGUUGUAGGAGAGAAGGAGGCAUUUGUUGUGGUUCACUCGAGAACAUUCAGUUCAAAAAUAGAACUGCAGGAGAAGGUUCACUUCCCAGAGGUUCAGUUUCAUCCCAGCGAUGGAUGCAGGCACACAUCCAAACGCGUAUGGAAAUCCGCCGGCUCCUGUUCCAGCACCAGCAAAACGAGCCCAAAUUGAUUGGUGAAAUCCAAUCUGUGGCUUCUGCUUGUUUGUUUUCCAUCUUCUAAUGACAGUGCAUGUUUGCUCUGAGUUUUGCUGGUUACCUUGCUUUGAGUCCUGAUUGGGAUUGCGGGGAAAACUUCAAGAGCUUCAGGAGCUGGAGGUUACCUGUUGGUCCUCACAGUUUGAGAAGGUGAAGAAUGAUGAAAACAAGAUUGCUGCUUUUCUGCUCUUGAAUCAGCAAGAAGGGGGAAGAGGAAGAAGAGCUGGUUGUAGCCAGUCAUGCUCUGGGUGGUGCCAGCACGGGGUGACGGCGUCAUUGCCUCUGAGAAGGGGGGGCUGGCAGCCAGCAGGCACUGGGACAUUUUGUGAUAGCAGAGUGCAUCGUUAUCUCCAGAACUGAAGGCCACAUGUGGGCUUGGCAGAACUUCUUGAUCAGGUCCUGUUUGAGCUGCUUGCUUGUUUAAUUCCAAAGGUUGUGUUGAUCAUGGACAGUGAAGAAAUUCCUACUUUCUCGAGUCCAAAGGAGGAAACUGCAUACUGGAAAGAGCUUUCCUUGAAGUACAAACAGAGCUUCCAGGAGGCCCGUGAAGAGCUGGCUGAAUUCCAGGAGGGAAGCAGGGAAUUAGAAGCUGAGUUGGAGGCACAGCUUGUGCAAGCUGAGCAGAGGAACAGAGAUUUGCAAGCAGAUAACCAAAGACUGAAAUAUGAAGUGGAAACAUUAAAGGAGAAACUGGAGCACCAGUAUGCCCAGAGUUACAAGCAGGUGUCGUUGCUGGAGGAUGACCUGAGCCAGACAAGGGCCAUCAAAGAUCAGCUGCACAAAUAUGUGAGGGAGCUGGAGCAGGCCAACGAUGACCUGGAACGUGCAAAGAGGGCAACAAUAGUUUCAUUGGAAGACUUUGAACAAAGACUGAACCAAGCUAUUGAGAGAAAUGCAUUUUUAGAAAGUGAACUGGAUGACAAGGAGUCAUUGCUGGUCUCUGUACAGAGAUUAAAGGAUGAAGCAAGAGACCUACGGCAGGAGCUGGCUGUGAGGGAAAGGCAGCAGGAGGUGACCCGGAAAUCAGCACCCAGCUCCCCCACUCUGGACUGUGAGAAGAUGGAUUCUGCUGUCCAGGCCUCUCUCUCCUUGCCAGCUACACCUGUUGGAAAAGGAUCAGAAAACAGUUUUCCUUCCCCAAAAGCUAUACCAAAUGGGUUUGGUACCAGCCCACUGACUCCUUCAGCUCGAAUAUCUGCACUCAACAUUGUGGGAGAUCUGCUACGGAAAGUGGGGGCCUUAGAAUCCAAAUUAGCUGCUUGCAGGAAUUUUGCAAAGGACCAGGCAUCACGGAAAUCCUACAUUUCAGGGAACAUCAACAGCGCCGUGAUGAGCAGCAAUGGCACAAAGUACCCACACCCAGGGCACACCUCCUUCUUUGACAAGGGGCGUGAGAAGGUCAUAUUCCCCACCUUGGUCAUGGCAGGGAUGCAGAGGAAGUGUCUCUUCAUGGAUGGAGUUCAUUUGGAAGGUUUGCCCUUUGGUUGUGUUUUCCUUCAGCAUUUUGUGGCUCUUGACUUGCUGAUGUGCAGUGGUGUGGUUGUGGCUGACAGGAAAGCAAACAAGGGCACAGGUGCCUGGGAGAUGGCCAGGGGUAGAGCAGAAGGGGGACAGUGUGGGUAGGGACAGCAGUGUCACUCAGUGUCACUGUCCCUGCCCAGCACAGCUGUGGCUGCUGGAAGCACCUGGGGUGGUUCCAGAGCUGUGCAGCUCCAGGUCUCCAAGUGUGCUUUGCCAGCUCCAUUUUCCCUCCAGGCCAGGCUGUUCAGCUCCAGAAGAAUCUUCCACCGAGGAUUUGUUGAAUACUUAGAGCUGAGGGAGUCUUGGGCAUGAGAUGCUGAGUACAAAAUACAGCUUGAAAUGGCAGUUUAAUGAUCCAAAUUGGUAAUCAGGGCAGAGACAUGGACCCAUGGACACACAGCCCAUGGCACUGCAGGGACAGGCAGUCAGGAACAUCCCUCAGGAACCACUGCAGGGAAUUUCCAGCAGGGAAUGCUGCUGCUGGCUCUGGCUGGAGCCUGGUUUCUUGGCAAUCCCAGCAAGGGCAUGGCACAGGCACCACAGAGUGUGCUGGGGAGGUCUGAGGGCCAGGGAAAGGGGCAGGGGCAGCAGGGGGACCUGGCUGAGUUCAUCCCUGUGGGCAGGAGGCUCCAGACACCUCCCAGAGCUGCCCAAGUCUUUGGAACUGGAGCACAAGAGCUUUUCCCAGCCCACUCCUGGAAGCUUAGGCAGGACCUUUUAUUGGUUAUUUUUUACAGUUGCUGUAUUUAAGGUAUUUUAUUUUCCUUUAAUUCUGUCUCCCACUGCAGUAAUGCUGAUUUCUUUCCCUUUUUUUGGUGCCUUUCCGUGCUACCACCAGAAAGGCUGAGCAAGCCCUCCCUAAGCUCAGCCUUAGUGCCAGCUCCCAGUAUCCCCCAGUUUGGUGCCUUUUGCUGUGGCCCAUCAAAUCCAGGCUGCUGCUUCACCUUGGAUGAAGAAAGGCAGAGCUGGGGCAGUGCUGCAGAGCCCCGAGGGCAGGGCUGGUGUGGGGCAGUGCUGAUCCAGGGAUGCCAUCCCUGCUGGCUGGGCCUGGAGCCCCUCACAGCAGAUGUGUCAGAGCACAGUGGAAGAGCUGCUGCACCCACAGGCUGCUCUCCCAGCCCUCUGGGGGCAGGAGCUCCACAGCUCCAGCAGGAGGCUGGGGAGGGGAGCCUGGGCAUCCUGGGGCGUGGGGGCACCCCCAGCCUCCCCUGCAGCCCGGUGGGGGUGGGUGGGCACAGGGACAGCUCUGCUGAGCUGUGCCACUGCCGAGCUGAGAGUGUGUGACACUGUGUGUGCCCUCCUGGCCCUGAGGGACACGGCACAGGGCACUGAGUGCCAGGGAAGGACAGCUGGGGCCAGCCCUGAGGGUGCACAGACCCACUGGGGUCUCUGUGGGGCCGCUCAUCCUGCUGGGACAGUCACCGUGGCCGGACACGGCAGCUGGAGCAGGGCCGGCGCUGGGACCCCGCGGGAGGGAGGAGAGGUCGGGGCUGCAGUGCUGGGCAGGGGCAGCCGUGCCCCCUGCCCUGCCCACCCUCUCCUGACGGCUCUCUCUCGU